AUGUCCCCUCUGCCACCGGACACCGGUUACCAGAUCGUCGUUCACAAAGGGACGAAACGUUGUGAGCCGAUGCUAGUGACCGGUCAAGCCAUCCAGCCACUGGUCAUUUAUGCGUUCCCCCGCCAGCCGCCGAUCACUAUCGGUCAUCCUAUGCGAGAGGGCAGUCUGUUUGCACUGAAGGUCAGCGGUCGGUCGGAGCAGCAUCGCUUCGUCGAGGCGCAGCGGACCAGCCUAACUCGUAAACACACGGCGCUGUUCGCGAGUACAGAGGCAAUGGACGCGAACGCUGAGAUAGACACCCUCCCCCUCCUCCCUCCACCCGUCCCCUCUCCGUCCAUUCGAAGCGACAACAAGUCAAAAGCGGCAGCCAACCAAGUAAGCACCGCUCGUCCCGACGACAUCGCUUAA